AUGAUGAAUGGUAUUGAUAUGUCAAAGGUGAAAUUUGUUGUUGCAGAACCAGUUACAGAUGAUGAAGAGGAAUUCUAUGACGAUCAACAACCAGUAGAAAAAGUAGAACCAAAAGCACCAUCUAGAAGAUUAAAAACUGUUUUUAAACCAGAUUUCGAAAUAGGUUCACUUUUUACAGGUGGUACAAUUAGAUUAUCAAACGAUUCUAGAUUUUUUGCAUCACAAGCAGGUUUAGAAGUUAAAUUUAUUAAUACUGAAGAUGGUACUGUUAUUUCUAAAAUCGAAAGUGAUUCAAGAAUUACAACAUUUUCAAUUAGCCCAGAUAAUGAAGAAAUAUUAAUUGCAUGUGCAAAUUUACAAAUAAAGCAAUAUAAAAUCGAAGAUCAAUCAUUAGUUAAAAUUUGGAAGGGUCAUGAAGGCCCUGUACUCGAUAUUGAUUAUCACUCUCUAGGUAAUGUUGCAGCAUCAUCAUCAAGUGAUAAAACUGUUAAAGUAUGGGAUAUUGAAAAAGGUUAUUGUACACAUAACUUCCAACACCCAGGUGUUGUAAAUAUUAUUAAAUUCCACCCAACUGAAUAUAAAAUUGCAACUGUUUGUGAUGAUUUAAAUAUUAGAAUUUGGGAUUUAGUAACAAAAGAAUGUAUUGUUUUAACCAAUCAUUUAUCGCAAAUCUCAGGUAUUUCAUUUUCAAAUAGCGGUAAAGAAUUAAUUUCAUCAGGUAGAGAUAAAGUUUUAAAUGUUUGGGAUUUAGUUUCAAAAACACCAAAAAAAACUAUUCCAAUUUAUCAAGAGUUAGGUGGAAUUAUUACAUUACCAAAAGAAUCAUAUUCAACAUUACCAGAAAAUGUUUUAGAAAAAGUAGAAAAAAUUAGAAAAAGAUUAUUAUCACAACCAGCAACAGCAGAAAAAGUUAAAAGAGAUGAUAUUACAAUUGUUUUAGGUGCUGAAGAAGUUUUAAGAGCAUGGUGCGUCGAGACAGGUGAAUGCAUUUGGAAUGAUGGCAACAUUGAAUUUAAAAAGAAAACCGAUGAAGAUUUAGAUCGUGAAUUAUUAUUUACAAUUACCUCCAUUAUUAACUCACAGGAUAAAAUUUUUACAAUUACAUCAGAACAUAAUAUUUUAAUUUAUGAUUGCAAAACAUUAGAAAAGCAAGGCGAAAUUAUUGGUUAUAAUGAUGAAGUUGUUGAUAUUAAAUAUGUAAAUGAAGACUCAAUAGUUGUAGCAACCAACUCAAACGAAAUUAAAACCUAUGAUUUAAAUACAAAGAGAGCAAAGGUAUUAAGGGGUCACGAUGACCUUGUUAUGGCAAUUGAUGUUUCAGCCGAUGGUAAAUAUUUAAUUUCUGGCUCAAGAGAUAAAAGCGCAAUUUUUUGGGAUUUAGAAAAAAGAGAAGAAAUUUUAACAUUAAAAGGUCACACUGGUAUUAUUUCAUGUGUAGCACUACCACGUAAACAAUCUACUGCUAUGUUUGCAGUUACAGCAUCAGACGAUCGUACAAUUAAAUUAUGGAAGUUUUCAGCAAAUCAAAAUAAUAAAAAAAUUUCAGCAUCAGCUACUAAAAUUGCACACGAUAAAGAUAUAAAUUCAAUUGCUAUUGCACCAAAUGAUAAAAUUAUUGCAACUGCUUCACAAGAUACCUUUGUUAAACUUUGGAAUGCAGAUAAUUUAGAACCAAUUACAACUAUUAAAGCUCAUCGUAGAGGUGUUUGGCACGUUGAAUUCUCACCAGUUGAUCAAUGUAUGUUAACUUGUUCAGCCGAUGGUACAAUCAAGAUUUGGUCAUUAACAGAUUACACAUGUCUCAAAACUUUAGAAGGUCACAAAGGUUCAGUUCUCAAGGCUUCUUUUAUUAGUUUUGGUAUGCAAAUCGUUUCUGUAGCUGCUGAAGGUUUAAUUAAACUUUGGAAUAUCAAAACCAAUGAAUGUGUAAAUACAUUUGAAGGUCACGAAACUAAAAUUUGGGCAUUAUCAGUUAAAAAAGAUCAAGAGAAUUUCAUAACUGGUGGUUCAGAUUCAAAGAUUAUUGCAUGGAAAGAUCACACCGAAAUCGAAGAAGAAAUUCAAAAGAAAAAAGAAGAGAAUCAAGUAUUAUACAAACAACAUCUCGAUACCGCUCUCAGAAAGAAAGAUUAUUAUGGUGCAUUAAAAUUAGCUUUAGUUUUAGACCAACCAAAUCAAACAUUAAAUAUUUUCAAAUCUAUGUAUUAUGAUGACGAAACUGUAGGUGUAUCUGUUGUAGAGUCAUGUGUUUCACGUCUUUAUGAUAAUGAAAUCAUCAAGUGUUUACGUUAUAUCCGUGAUUGGAACACCAACUCCAAAUUUAUCACCAUAUCACACGUUGUUCUCAAUGCAAUCAUUGUAAAUUUUAAACCAGAUCACUUAUCCAGACUUUCACUUAACGAAUUCCCAAAACUUUUAGAAUCACUUAUACCAUAUACCGAUAGACACUUCCAAAGAAUAGAUAGAAUGUUACAAAAAACUUAUUUAAUCGAUUUUACAAUCCAAUCAAUUAAUCCUUCAACUUCAACUUUAUUAUUAGAAUCACAAGAAGAAAGAUCUAAAAACUAUAGAAAAGAUUUAGAUAUUUUAUUAAAAGAACCAAAAUCAGAACAACCAAAACCAAAACAACAAUCAAAAGAUGAACUUUCCAAAUCAAAGAAAACAGUUUCUCAAAUUAAAAAACAAGAAAAGAAAAAGAAAUUCUUUAAAUCACAAAACUAA